CAGCAGAAAAUCAGCUCGUUGCCGAACUGAACGCAGCCACUGAUCGCCAACUUAAUUCAGCGCCCGUUCAACACGUACUUCCCGUGCAACACGCACCUCCCGUUCAACACGCACCUCCUGUUCAACACGCACCUCCCGUUCAACACACAAUUCCCGUUCAACACGCACCGGCUGUCCUUCAUGCAUCUUCUGAUGUUCACCACUUAGAUGACCUGAUCGCACAAUUCACUACCCGAUCACAGCAGUGGAGGAAUGAUUGGAGCGAACUUCAGGGCUCCAGGCAGGAAAUCCAAGACUUACGUGCUACCACCUCCCAGCAGGCCUCCCGGAUUGGGGUUCUAGAAAAAGCUCUCCGUGAAAUCGAACGGCUUGGAUCAGUGAAUGACGGUACUGUCGACGUGACCAAAUCCCUGAGUCCGGCUGUCAACCUGCCAGGCGCUAUUGCAAUGAAAGCUUCUUACAGUAGAGAGAUUGCUGAGCUCAAGGAACAAAACGAAGAGCUCCAGGAUAUCAUCAAGAACCAGGAGAUUGAUGUCCAGAACGCAGUCUAUCUACAGGAGCGUAAUCGAGUACUGGAGCAGCGACUUGCAGAGAAAACUGCGGAAGCUGCGUCAGCAUACGAUGCACUUGCUACACUUACGGGGAGUAGCUCAUCGAAAUCUUUUGAAAUUUCGGCAUACGGUCAAUUUAAUGGCCAACAACAUAUCUCGGCAUCCAUCGCGCUGGAGUCCGAUUUAUCAAAGCCUCUAAACUGGGUGGCAUCCAACGAAGUCAAAUGUGACCGUUGCAGACACCAGGAUCAAAAGUGUCUCAAUCCUGGCGGCCCAUGUAAUCGAUGUCAGAAAGCCGGCAGCACUUGCACCUUCACUCUGCAGAGAUACCACAACGUCAGAGAGGUCCCUGAUGCUGUGGUCAAAGCACGCCAAGCUACCGACGCAGCUUCACAAUUCUUGCAAAAGAAGCAAGAAUAUUCGUCACCUUAUAUUAACACAACACAACAACCAUAUCAUCAAAAUCAACUCAUUCCACAAGGACUCUAUUCCUCACAAACUCCUCUGCAAUCACCGUAUGCCUCUGGGACCUGCGUGCCAAGCACUGCAUUGCAGGCUACGAAUGGAGGUAUUGGGCGCGUAAGUGAAAUCAUGCUCACUUCGACGAGCAAUAACCCUGCCAUGGGGAAUUCAUAUUCGAGUCCUUAUUCGUCCAGGUGAUUUGCGAUCAUUGGCUAGAGACUUUGGAAUACUGGAUAGGGCAUGGUCGAUGCUUGGGGGAGGCAAUAUCAAGCGUCUAGCUGCCGCCCCUACAAUGGAAAGCAGGAUACGGCGAUGCUCAUGAUGUCUACCACAGAGAAAUGUGGACGGGCUUCCAUAAUGUAUACUAAUAAACCGAUCCGAGAAUUGCCUGCAACGGCAUUCAAUAGCCCUGAUAUUGUGACAAAUAUUAGGCUGUGAACAGCAAGCACAUUUGGCUGUUUGAACACACUAGCUUUCAAAGGGUCGGUAGAUCGAGGCCUCUGGUCGAUACAGAUGGUUUGUUGCUUGCUCGAGGGUACAAAACACUAUGGGCAUAUGGAACCUCAAUAUGUAACCCGUAGAGAUAUUUCAUAACAACCAAAUUGCGUUGGUUUCGUCUGCGAGCAAAACUCACAUCUCAUCUGGAGGUGACGCUGCUCGCGCGUGCUUAGUAAGAGAGCAGGGGAAAGCGUGGCGCGACACCCUCCAGACGACGAGCAAAACACACCACGAACACCGGCUCAGCAGCACCACAACCCACCGCUCCAGCCUUCCCUUGGGACGAAGUCAAAAUCAUCAUUGUGGUCUGCAGUAUAAUUGUUUAAGUGUCAUCGGACAUUCUCUAGACAGACCUUGUUUGGCCCUUGGUGUACAUGGUCUUGCGACCACUUGGACCAGGCUUGGACCAGAUUCGGGUCAACGCGUGCCACCCAACAUAAUCGUCACAGCAUCACGGCAAAAUCACGAGAUGGGUGACGGUUCGAGAACCGUUGCUCCACUAGACUAUACUGCUAUGGAUGCAGCAACACUUUGGCGCGUUAUUUCAGAUAUGUUGAAGGAGUUACGAGAUCAAGGUAUAACCUAGCCAUCCAUCACCACGCCAGUAUAUCUCCAGUACUAAGCCCAUAUCCUUAGCCAUCGGGACAAACAGAAAAGUUACAUGCUACAUCAGAUGGAAGUUCAUAGAUGUACCAGGCUCUUCGUACAGCUUCGAUUAUACUACCAUCACACAAAACUACAAAGAUAAUGGAGGACUGCCAAGUCAAUUGGACGAGUCUGCACUCGAGACUCUAUACAGAGGCCUGACAGAUGGCAGAAUUCAGGCCAUCGCGCUUGAUGAAGGGAAGAUGGUUCUUGGCGAGUCAGUUGUGCCUCCUCGCCGGGAAUCAGGCAUAAAGACUGCAUCAAAGAGAACAAGGCUACCGCAUAAGCUUCGUGAUCGAUUGAUUGAGGUUAUCGAGGCAACAAUCGGCCGGCCGCUUGAUCCACGGUCCGCCACGCAAAUCGAUCCCCGAAAAUCAGAUCCGCAACCACCGAAUUUAUACAAGUGGCAGUUCAGUGAUACGUACCCAGAAUUCCUAUCACGCUGGCAUGCGGACCAGAUUCAUGCUUGUUAUGAGGCUCUUGAACAAGGACAUCUCAUUGUAGUCAAUGUAGAUUCAGAAUCUUCUGAAGCCAGGCAGAUAGCAGAUAACGAGAGUGCUGAGACUUCGGCUCAUGACAGUAGCUCGAUCACUCGAGUCACUGAAACGCCUUCGAUCAAUGGGUCAGCUUCUUCAUGUCGUGCCACGGUUGACAAAAACAGUAGUCAGAGCGAGACCAGAGAAACUCAUGGUCGAGGAGAUUCUAUACCGGGACCUGGCAGCGUCGUACCUCAGUCUGGCCAGGUUUCUAGGUCGACAGUCCCCUUGCGAGGUUUAGACGAUCUCCAAGCUCAAAUGCUUGGCAUGUUGAACACUGCACUGAAAAGUCAAGCUGAGGAGUUGGAAAUCACAUGGAAAGGCCGUCAUGAAUCUGAACUGACAAAGCUCCGUGAAAAAGUGGCAGAGGCAGAAGAAAAGUUACAAAAAGAGUGUGCGUCUCACAGAGAAAGCCUAAACAGUCUACUCGCAAUGCAGCGCGACGGUGAGAAGCAGCGAAGUAGGAUAGCACAAUUAGACAGAGAGCUGAGAGACAAGGCGACUAGUUCCAGAAGCGAAGAUGAAAAGAUGCGAGCCAGGGUAACACAGCUGGAGCGAGAGUUGAGCGAUAAAGUUUCUCUAGCGAGGUCUGAGGGAAGACAAUCGAUGAGCGAUGAAAUACUGAAAGAUCUCGACCGCACGAUGGAAGGAGAGCGUCUUGCGCUUCGUAGACAUCAUGUUGAGCAGCUGAGCAACGUGAGAGCUGAAUCAUAUCAGCUCGGACUACAGGCUGGAAGGAGCGAAGCUGCGAACUCAGAUGUCAUACGGCUAAAUGUCGACCAAACUGCGGAAAUCGAGGGCUUGAAGAGACAGCACUUGAAAGAGCUAAAGUCGGCUCGGAUUGCCGGCAGAGAGCUUGCAUACACGGAAUUAUCUCUAGGACCGGACGAGAGAGUCAAUCUCUUACUACAGAACCAUGUGGAUUUAAGCUCGAACAGAAAGAUACGCGAGCUUAAAACCAUACACCAAAACUGGCACGAUAUUCCCCAACGAAUCCUGCCGUCACAUAUGCUUCCAGAAGGUCACACGCCUGGUGACAAAACUCUGUACCUGCUUGCCAGGCUAAGCAAGGAGGUCGAUGCAGCUACCGCCUCCCGGCUGCUGUCAGAGGAAAUCGACGAGCGAUGCAAACAAAACCCGAACACUCUGACAAAUAACAGUAUCACGAAUGCCGAUAUUCGGGGUGUCCUGCACCGGAUCAAUCCAAGCUCGCUUGGGGGCUUACCAGCCAGCCAGAAGUCCGCGAAGCUAUCGCAGCAAUCUCCAUCACAUCCGCAAGGAAAGCCUGGCGAGUCCCAUCCUGUCGAGGAGUCGAGCCGGAGCCGCACUUCGGUGGGCUUGAUAACAUCGAAUGAAUUCGAGGAGAGACCGAUAGAGCAAAGGCACAGUAAUAAUUCUUCAAAAGCACUUCCAACAGCAAACAUGUCAGACGCUCUCCAAAUAUCUCGCGAGAUGAUCGGACAGACUGGAGAAACCAAUUCAACAACUCCUAACAGAAGGGCAAAUAUCUUACGGGCUACCGCACUGACGCUGAAUGAUUACAUAAAGGGCUUGCCACCAAUCACUGUUCGGUUGCCAUACCCUCUACAGAGCUUCUCUGUUUCCUUUCUGCGGGAGAAAAUUGGAGGCGGAGAAUUUGCAUUUUCUAAAGUAGGCGCUUCAAUGCUUAAGAAGCAAAUAAUUCCAUGGCCCGAAGUCAUACGAAUCAUCCCGGAACACCAGAAAUUUGCUCCUAAGUUGGGUCGUCAUGGUGCUUUAGCAUUUGUGGAAGGUAGACCUGGAUGUGGAGAUGUCGGAAAAACCUACGCCACAGUCUUCAGGCAAAAUAAAGAGAGGUUCUUGUACAUCGGGCACUACACCCUGUGUAGCAAGGAAACAGUAUCGUUGGAGGAGUGGAAAACCUGGUCUGAAGAAGAAAAACUAGUCAUCGCAAGAGAGAUUCGCGAUACAAACUGGGGCGAAACUCUUCUCACCGAGAAAUGCCUGAAAUCACCUGAGGAGCUGGCCCAGAUCAGCUUGAAGAAACACCUGGACGAGAUCCUGAAGCUCUUCGAUCGAGAGUCAGAGCCGAAUCUUCGGAUGACUUGGUCAAUAUUACGCUUUGAUGAGUUCAAAAUCAAGGACUAUGAAGUCUUAAGGUCAGCGAGGACAAAUGCAGAGCCACCAAAGAAUCUCCAGAAGGAAGACGAAGGGGAAGCAGACACUGGACGAACGUUGGAGGAUUACUUCAAGGAGGCGGUACAGCAGUUUCUGGAUGGAAAAAAUGCGCCGAAGCUCAACUUUAGCUCGUCAUCCGAUUUUACAGCUGCCAGAACAUCACGAAAAAUUGUGGGAAAGACAGUGGAACAAGUACGUGAAAUCUGCAUAGCCAACCCUGACGAUUCCCUCUUCUUUGGCAUACACUACGGCAGUUUGACUCAGAAAAUUCGUACUUUUGGUACUGCCGCCCGGCUUUUUCCUGGACUGUCCGAGACAUCCUCAUGGAAUCGGAAACCAGACUCGAAAAGGCAUAUCAUAGACUGGACUCGAGAAAUACUCGCUGGUCGGCUUCAGAAUACUGGGCAUGUUAUUUUCGCGCUUCAUGUCGUGCUCAUGAUAUUUAACGAGCAGAAAGUUCAGAUACUUCGCGAUACGUCGGAUCGCCGUGCCAGUGCUCCUUCGACAACUCGAAAUACACUGACGGCAUCUACUCGGCCACUUCUUGGUCCUAGAGGCUAUCAGCCAGAAUACGACGAUAGCGACUCUGAUGAGAUCCUCUUUAACAAGAGAAAGCGGCGCAAGACGACUUCAUUCACUGCUCUGCCAAGCCGUACACAGCACAAUCAACGUGCUGCUGGGACUGUACAACAGCCUUCUGUUGAGAUCAUUGAACGCAGCUCGACAAUAUUUGUGGAUCUUGGUGCGGGAAAGAAAGCUUCUCCGGCUGUUAAGAAAGAUCAUGAGAGCCUGAAAGAAGAUUUGUAUGACGCAAGUCCACCGCCGGGAGCAAGAAAACGAGUACAUUCGAAGAGGGCGAGUGGUGUAUGAUUUAGGGGAACGCUAGCUUGGCAGGGCUGGGGUUUGAGUUUGCUGAUCUGAAGGGAUGGAGCUUGACAUUGAUUCAAGGGUAUUGCUAGGAAACCAUCGGAGCAUGUUCCUAUCGGGCUGUAUGUGAUAUCUUUUUGCUAUUGUAUGGAGCUUUGUCGGUUGUUUUAUUGGACGGAUAUUGCUAGGCUAGGAACAGCGUGCAUUUAGUCGGCGUUACUCGUUGCAAUGGCAGCUCAUUACAUCGCUUUACCACUAAGUGGGACAAAUAUUGUUAUAUAAUACUUGAGUAUGAGAUCUUGCUUUCUAGUCAUUUGAAUUGGGUCAUUAAGUCGUCCGAAAUCAUUUAACACUGGCCGGAACAGGCAUGCUAGACCAACUACCUCGUACUUCAGUUGUAUCGUCUCAGCAGUACCUGCCGCUGAGGAAGUCUUG